GCUUCGGAGCGGAGUGUGCUCUGUUUCGGGUUCUAUACUUCCCUUGUUCAUGAAAUAAAUUGGGGGACGCAGCGUAUGGUGUGGCUUGAGAGAUAGUUUUGACCGUUUGAAUAUGAAGAUCCUGUUCGCCUGACUUUUGUGAAUUUGAGACAUGAUUGAAUUGUGCUCUAGAAGGCGCAUGCUUGCUGUGGUCGUUCUGCUCGUGUGUGUGAGUAUCGUCAUUGUGCUACUGGAGAACAUCUUGACACCAAGCAUUGGGAGGAGCAGAAGGUUGCCAGCUGUUUCUGCUGCACCCCUCUUGACAAGCAACAGUUCAUCGCCACCUCCAGCACCCUGCUGGCAGCGGGAGACAUUCUCUAUCACUGAACAGUGUCGCCUUUGCUCAGAUUUUGAAAAAGCCAGUGCAAUCAUACCAGAGUGUGCAAAUAACUUGCACAUAGAAGUUCUCAAGUGUGAGAGGUCUGGGAAAGCUGUCCGCGGGUGUGCUGAGAUCGGGCGGCUCGGGGAACGCCAGUUCUGGCUGCUGGAGGCGGCCGCGCUCGGCUCGGCGCUGCUCUCUGGCGCGGUGGUGAUCGUGCGCCAGCACCAGCUGGAGCGCGGCGCGCUCAGCAAGAUACAGCGCCAGCUCGCCUCACAAGUAUAUGGCUAUGUUGACGGGCUGGGGCCGCUGGAGGAGGACGGCGAGGUGCUGUCGGCGUACGACGGGCUACAGAUCUACCUGCCGUGUCUGGACGAUAGCGGCCUGGUGCCGGUGGAGACGGCCGCCGGACUCUUCACACUCCUGCUUGGCUUCCGGCGCGGCACGCUGGCGCCGCCCGCCGACGCCUCGCUGUGGACGAGGUUCUGCGAGCGCGACGUGCCGGCCGCCGUGCGCCGCGUGCUGGUGGCCGUCGCUCCGGAGGCGGGCGUCGCAGGUCCGGUCGGAGACGGUCCUGAGAGCGACGCCGACCGUGUUGACUCGGAAGAAGUCGUUCCUCCGGCUGCCAUCGGUCCCCAGACGGCCCUCGUCCAUGCUGACCCGAUCUCAGCCAAUGCUGAGCCGGCCUCAGCCAAAAGUGAAUUGGUAUUAGCCAAUGCUGACCCAGCCUCAGUCAGUACUGCCCCAGCACCAGCUAAUACUGACUCGGCCUUACCCAGUAUCAAAUCAGCUUCAGCCAGUACUGACACAGCCUCAGCCAAUACUGCCCCAGCGUCAGCCAAUACUCACUCGGCCUUAGCCAAUACCGACCCAGCUUCAGCCAAUACUGGCCCCGCUUCAGCCAAUACUGACCCAACCUCAGUCAUUGCUGACCUGGCCUCACUCGGCACCGAUCCGAGCGGCGCCCAGCCGUUUACGGUGCCGCCCGAGCUGCUGCAGUUCGAGCACCACAUGCAGCAGCCGCUGCGCGUGCACAACGUCUGGAAGCAGGAGCAGGCGUUCGGAGGCCGGGCACGGAAUUGGAAGAGCGGCGACCACCGCACGUCGUUACAGUGCGUGCGGCACACGUACGCGGAGGGCCACGUGCUGACCAUCAGCGACCUGCUGCUGUACCCGUGCGUGCGCGUCGUGCAGGAGGCGCUGGAGCCGCACGGUCUGCGUCUGGAGGAGGCGGCGCCGGCCACGCUCGGCUGGCUGCGGGCGGUGGCGGCCGUGGCCGGCCUGCCGGACGUCUGGGACGCGACGUUCCCGGCGGGGAGCGCGCGGCCGCCCGGCCCGCCACUCCGGCUGCUGCUGCCGCGCGUGCCGCCGCAGAGCCUGUACAAGAAGGAUCCGGCGCGCUACAAGCCCAAGAGCCGCCUGUUCACCGUGCAGUCUGACGUGUCGGCGGCGCUGGACCGGCUGGAAGCGGCGCAGUUCGGCAGCCGCGUGGCGGCGCACCCGGGCCACGGCCGGCUCCGGCUCGACUGGGACGCGCUGCCGGCGGCCGCCAGCCCGGCCGAGGGCGGCCUUCCUGCCACCCGCCUCCACCGCAAGCAGCACCAGCUGGAGAACCUGGCCUGGCUGGCAGUGCGCGCCGCGCGGCCCGGCGACACGCUCGUGGACUUCUGCUGCGGCGGCGGCCAUCUGGGCCUGCUGCUGGCCGUCCUGCUGCCCGCCUGCAGCGUUGUGCUGGUCGAAAACAAGGAGGAGUCGCUGCAGCGGGCCCAGCACCGCAUCGCCGCGCUCGGUCUCACCAAUGUCAGCCUGUACCAGUGCAACAUGGAGUUCUACCGCGGCGCCUUCCAGCUGGGCGUGGCGCUGCACGCGUGCGGGGUGGCCACCGACCUGGUGGUGGAGCACUGCCUGGCGGCCGGCGCGGCGCUGCUCUGCUGCCCCUGCUGCUACGGCGCCGUGCACGACUUCGGCCCGGUGCGCUACCCGCGCAGCGCGGCCGGCCGGCGCACGGGCGCCGCGCCACGCGACUGGCUCGUGCUAGGCCACGCCGCCGACCAGACGCACGCCGACGACUCGGCCAAGUCGCAGCAGGGCCGCGUCUGCAUGGCGCUGGUCGACUCGGACCGCGCCGCGCACCUGGCCGAGGCCGGCUACCGCGUGCUGCUCACCGUCGCCGAGCCGGCCGACUGCAGCAACAAGAACCAUCUGCUGGUGGCCGUGCCGCCCGGCUGGGACGGCGACGCCAGCUUCCUGGCCGGCGCGGCGCCGCCCGUUGGCUGCCAAUUAGGCGGCGACAACUGAGACGCGCCGCGACGGGCGGCGCUGGUGACGAUGGCGACGCUGGCGCGUGUUGUUUUUGUGUUCAGCGGAUGUGUAGGAUGAAGAGGCCGUGGGAUAAGCGGGCGUUGAUUUAUCAUGAACGUGUAACUAUUGGUUUUAAAAUAUACAUGCCAAAAGCUUG